AUGGAAAACGCUAAACUUCCGAAGAAUGUUAUCCGGGACAGGAGGGCCUUAGACAAUACUUUUCAUCCUGGAAUAGAGGCUAGUGAUCUCGUUCACAAAGUCCAUGGUGUUACGGUCUAUGAACCGCAAAAUGAUUCCGACCAGCAAUGUACCCACAAAUCAAAGGAAGUUUUGUGUCGCAACUGUGACUGGAAUGAUGAACACGAGAGCAAGGGCAAUUAUACAUCACGUCUGAAAGUGAUGUAUUGCCGCAAAAACUCGGCCAUCUGGGAACUUGGCAGGGGCGGACCAUGGUUAAUGAAAGAUUACCCAAACGAGCCUAACCUACAUCCUUUCGCGAAGGAUUAUACUGUACGAAAAUUCAUACGAGAGAAGCAACCAAAUGUCCCGGUUCCGGAAUCAUUCAAAAUCGAAGGUCCAGACAACAAGUUCACAUUCGAGAUAGUGGCUCGCGUGAAAGGCGUUCCAAUGGAAAGCGUAUUUCAGAACAUCUCUGUGGAGGAAACCGAUGAGUUAUUCGAAGACCUAGACAAGCAUAUGAAACAGUGGCGUCAAAUCACAAGCCCUCAAAUGGGUAGUGUAGAUGGCUCAGAGUUGCUCGAUGGCUUGAUCGGGUGUUGUAGGAAAGGUGGCUGUAUCAAGACUGGGAUCAAUGAGGAAGAAUGGCUAGAGAACUUAACUCCAGCCAUGAGAAAGGGUAUACUUUAUGACAGGUAUAUAAGGGAUGACGGUCGGACUAAGGACAAAGAAACUCUCAACUCUUGGGUCAAAGAGGCGGAUGAGCAGAUAGCUAAGCUCAAGGCAAGUUUCCCUAAGGGUGGGCCGUACGUCUUAACCCACUGCGAUCUACAUUUCGAAAAUAUCUUCGUUUCAAACGAGAACGAGGAGAAAAAGUGGAAGGUCACUGGGAUUAUCGACUGGGAAACAGCUGGUUUCUAUCCUUGGUGGGCAGAAGCUAUGAAAGACAAGUUCAGUGAUGAUUACUUCACCGAAAUCGAAACUGAGAAGUUUAAGCAACUCUCGGGACCCGUUAAGAAAGUCAUAAAGACGUGGAGGUCAGGUGGCGAUCAUACUAUGUGUAAACAUGGACUAGAUGAGGCAAACAGUUGGCAUCGUAAACCAUUUUGUUCUUGUCAACCAUACGAUGGAUCUAUUAAGGACGAUGCACUAGGGUGGGAAGACCAAGGACAUGCCGAUGUUUUUGACGCCGAUUCUGAGGAUUCAGAAUUCGACGAUGAAAAAUAUGGGCCGAAUCAAUUCGACAAAGAGGACCGGGGGUUUCUAAGAUGGUUCAAAGAAAUAAGUACCGAAGUCAAAGGAGCAGAAGGCGCGACAAUGGGGAAAAAAGUUUAA